AUGGGUAAGAGAUGUGGACGACAGGUAACUAAAACAAAAAUAGUCUUCAGGCCCGGGAAAUGGAGUCCGGGGUUGCAGGGUGGUCCGCUCCUAGCAUGCCAAGGUGCUCACCCCAAACCCAGUUCCUCUGCCCGCCUAUCUUCCCCCAAGGAGCGCGACCACAGCUAUGCUCCCAUCCCUCAUCCCACCAUCUAUGGCCACGGAAGUGUUUGGGCAGAUGUGAAGGCUCUUGCCAGGGGCUGCCCCUCACCGAGGCCUUGGUGCUGGGAAGAAAGCCAGGAGCUGUUUUCUGUGGAAUGUCACCCAGGCAUCCCAAGAGAUCAGCGGAAAGCUGCUUAUAGCCUGGUGUUCUCCCUGCAGUUCCUGCUGCUAUCAUGUGACCUCUUUGUCAGUUCCUUCUCAGAGCCACCCUGACUGGCCCCUGUCAUUUAGCUGGUGUUUUUUUUUUUUUUAAUUUUUUAUUAUCCAGGUUAUUGCAAUCCUUUUCCUCAUGUUCUUCCACACGCCAACAUUCUAUACCCUAACUUCAUCCUCACAGCUCUGUCCUUUGCUCUCAGCAUCUCCCUUCAUGUCUGGGUCAGGAAUUUACCCCGCAAAGACUCCAACCACUUGGUCUGGACAGAGGGACUUCAAACAUUGUUUGUAUUCCAGAGACUAGCAGCAGGGACUCUGGGUGAUCCUCGCUUCUCCCAGUACUCUUCAUGGCUGCAGGAGGAGUUCACACAAGUUCAAGGGUGGGAGGGAGGCUGGCUCAUGCACAGAAAGCAGCUUAACUUUCCUAGGACAGGCUCAGGCCUCUUCUAUUCAGCAGUCAUGAAGGAAGCUCUUCCCUCUUGCAAAUUAAAGUGCUUCCCAGUAGACUUCAGUGCAUAA